AUGGCCGAGGAAGACCCUCUCGUCCAGGCACUGCCGCCUGCGACCGACUAUCUCACCUAUCUCACCUUGCUCGAGUAUCAAUUAACCCCCGCCCGGCUGCCGCUCCUCCACAAACUGCUGCAGGAUGAGACCCUCACCACCAACAUCGGCUGGGACCUGGUUCACCUGCUGCUGCCUAUGCUGCCACAGUCCCUUGAUUGUCUUCAGGAUAUUGCGCGGCUCGGCAAUCCCCGCGAGGUGAUUCUGCGGGUCUCCGAGGCUCUGAUGCAGCUUCAACCGAGCGACGACGACGACGACGACGACGACGAUGAUGAACACAACGCUGAUGACGGAUCGGAAGCAUCCCCAGUUCUUCCACGACACGUCAGACAGUUCAACUGCCUCGUGGCGAUGCUAUCAACGCUGCAUUCCCGUAUUCAGACCAAAUAUCCAAGCCGGUUUAUUGCGACGUCGCUGCAGGCUGCACUGGAGGCGUACACGCUGUUCCCCACCAACGAGACCACUACCGCGUUGGUCGAGUUCUUCCGCGACGUCUCGCCGUCGAAGCGACCGGCACCACCCCCGCGGGCCGCCAGCGAGUCCAGCGUCGUGCGCGUCUCACAGGCAUCGGCUCCGGACCCGGAGGCGGAAGCGCAGUCCCCCUCGCCCAACACGGACAACGAGAAGGAGCUUGUGAAGAAGUAUCUCCAGUUCGGCCUCAUGGAGUUGCUUAAGUCGUUCCUGUUGAGUCUCUCGGGUCCGACAGACCCGGGGAUGUCGUGGACAGGUCGUGUGCUGGAGAAGUUGCAUCCUGAGUCGCAGAUUGCCAACAAGCAGUCGCAGACGGAUCUUUACGCCAGUACUAAAGAGUUGAGGGAAAGAGAUAUGAUUAUUGGGAAAGUAAUGGCUCUAUCCCGAGACUUAGGUCUCAGCAAUGAACAGCUUCUUUCGGUUGUCUCGCUCCCGCCGGGAGACCAGCCUUCGCCGUUGGAUUUUGAUGACCUGCCAAAAACGCCGGACGGGGUUCCAUUCGAGAGACAUGGGGCCCUUCUGCUCUUGACCGCACGGGCUGCGACCACGGUGCUGUUUUCGUCCGGUUCGGAGGCAGUCAUGUUGCCCGACCUGCCGCGCCUCUUUGUGAAUUUUAUCGGGGACAUCGAGUCCCUAGAUGAAGUGGCAUUUGGACAGCCACAAGUGCUUCUGGACUCACUUUUGGCACUGACGGUUCUUUCAACGGCGCGACAGUCAGUCGAGGCGCCCGCAGACCCGAAAGAGUUCAAGGACUUUCUCAUACGGGUGACGGCCUGUUCCUCACGGCAAAGCUACACGACCGUCAGACGGAUCCCGGCCGCCAUCUUCCACAGCCAUCCGUCGGAGUUGGUGCGGUUUAAGGUCCUGCGACAUAUCUUCGAGACAGACAGACUCCAUUCUGCGCGCGAGACGGCCGUUGGCUGGCUCAAAGAUGAGAUUUUGACUGCGGCGAAAGGCCAAGAGGCCGACAACGACAACAAAAUCUUCCUUAACCCGCACUACUUCUCCGUACUGUUCCCGUUCCUGUUCAAUCCGUCCGAGAUCCUUCUGGACGUUCAUACGGAGAUUGUGGCCUCGUGGCUACGCUUCUCGCAGACCCUGACGCCCACCAUUCAUGCCGCCCUGAACCUGUACUAUAUCCUUGUCUCCUCGGCGCGUCUUCGCACCGAACUGCAGCUCGAGAAGACCUAUCUGUACUUCCGGGGCCGGUUUCUAGAGCCUCUGAAAUCCAUCUGCCACGCCUUCGAGUGUGAUCUCGUAGCCAACGGCGGCGACGGCCGCCUUGAAGCUGCCGUCGGCGAGGACCUCGUCCGCAUCGGCAUGGCCCGUUCCGUGGGUAUCAUCACCCAUAUCGUCGGGCAGGUCGACGAGGCAGUCAACGAAGCGUUUGCCGGGGCGGAGGCAGAGAUGCAGGAGCCCAGCAUGGAUGAUAUUGCUCGCGUGGACGCCAUCCGGAAAGACACAUUACUUUAG